AUGACGAAGGGAGGGAUCGUCUGGCUCGCGAGGAAGAGCAAUGUGCCAAGUGGUAUCACAAGCGAUAUCGCCCACCCGAUCUGCGAGCGCAAGUCGUCUCCACCGCCAGGCGUGUUGUUCGUCGCGGAAGAAACCUGGUGCUCCCCUGUGCCCGUCGCGAUGUUCGAGCACAUCGUCCGCUUCGGGCUCAAGCUGCGGACCACACAAGCGCUCGGUCGCCUAGAUCACGCGUUGACCUUUAACUAA